AUGGCAGAUCUCUACAAAUCUAUCAUGACAUUGGAACAGCAACACAAGAGAUCCCAAUUGAUGGAGACGUACGGAGAACUACUGCAAGCCAGAAGCCAACUGAGAGACCUCCUCACGAAACACCAUCUACGAACCUUGCAACACUCCAAAGGGUUCUUCUACGCACAUGCCAAUAUAGGGGGCAGAUACCUAGCACGACUCCUGAAAGGUAAUGCCCCUCGCACACAGGUUCGCAAUCUGCGCCUCUCAUCAGGCGCCAUGAUGGCCUUUCCAAACAAAAUAGCUGAAGAGUUCAGACAAUGCUACCAAUCGCUCUACAAUCUACAUGAGAAGGACAGACAGGAUGAAAUGGACACAGAAUAUAUACCAGAGUGCAGGAAUACUUAA